AUGCGGAGCAGGGCUUGGUCCGCGAGCCCGCCCCGGCGUAGGCGGAGGCGGCGGCGAGGAGGGGAACACGCCUCCCGCUCCGGCGGCCGGCACGGUCGCGAUGGCAGCCGCUCGGGCGGCUCGCGGGAACCCUCGCGGCGCCGCUCUCGCUCCAGGUCCAAUCCCAACGAUCGCAGGCCGUGGAUAGAGCGCGAGAAGGGGGGCGUGAAGCUCUUCGUGGGGCGACUCCCGAGAGAGGUCAACAAGACCGCGCUUGAGGAGUGCUUCGGGGAGUUCGGGGAAGUCCUCGAAGUCUUCAUUAUCGCCUCCCAGGCCGCCAGCGGCGUUGGCUGUUCCUUCGUUCGGAUGGCCUCGAUCCAGGCGGCUGAGGAGGCAAUCGCAGAGCUCCACGAGCAGCGGGUGCUGAUCCCGGAGCAGGCAGACCUCGGGCCGAUGCAGGUUGCGUUCGCCAAGGGUGAGGCGAUUCGACUCGGUCUUGACGAGAAGGAGGAGAUUUUGCCAAGCUUCAAAGAAGCACGACAAAAGGUGGUGGAGCACCAGGAGAAGAAGCACUUCUUCGAGAAGAUGCAAAAGCAGCAAGAGGAGCAGGCCAAGAUCGUGGAGUAUCAGCAUGCGUUGAUGAUGCAACACCAGGCCAUGCUGCAGCAGAUUCAGGAGAAGCCUCGCGAGGAUCUCGUCACCAUCGUAAAGGAUGGUCAAAGAAAUGGCGGUCAGCCUUUCAAGCAGAGGUGGUGGAGCUUCUGCGAUGCCGGAUGGUCGGGCUGCCGGGACUACGAUCCCAACCACCACGGCAAGGAGGCCUUGGCCCACUUCGUCUCUGUCGCUAGCACAGAGUACGGUCACGAGCAGUGGUUCAAGUCUCGAUUUCCGAAGCUUCCAGCUCUGCCUGAGAAGCCGAAGGGAAUGCCGGAGCCAGGAUCUCCGGGUCUUAUGCCGCCAGGAGCUCCGCCACCUGGAGGGCCGCCGCACGGUCCACCCGGCCCCGGCGGACCUGGCUUGGGUCCCCGCCCUCCCAUGGGGAUGGGUCCCGGAGGGCCAAUCCCUGGCCCUCCCGGACUGCCACCGCAUCUGCCGCCGCAUCUGCCGCCGCCGGGCAUGCCCGGAAUGCCGCUGCCCGGAAUGCCGGGCUCCCAAAAAAAGCAUCGCAGUCUUCAACAGUUCGUGUGCAGACUCUCAAAGGCCUGGGGGGCCACCCUUCGGACCGCCUGGCGUGCCGCUCCUGCCAGGGCGGGGCUGGGGUGCUCUUUACGUGUCAAGACCUGCACGCCUCGGCUGCAUCGCGGGAGGAUGCCGCCGCCCUUCCCGCUGAUGCAUCCUCCACCAGGUCCAUGCUUGUCCAUGCACUUAAUUUAA